AUGCUUCGAAUCAAACGUAACCUCUCAGUAUCUACUGUUCUUGCACAACAACAAGUAAACUAUGUGCCUUUGAAACAAAUAGUCAUUGAAAGUAAAAUUCGUGCAUUUGCUGCUGAUGUGACUAUUACACAAAUAUUUUACAAUGAUGAAGCAACACCAAUCGAAGCGGUUUAUUGUUUUCCAAUUGAAGAACAAGCAGCAAUCUACGCAUUUAAAGCACAAAUUGAUGAUCGAGAAAUUAGUGCUCAAUUAAAAGAGAAAAAAGAAGCACAGCAAGAAUAUAAUAAUGCAUUGCAAGAUGGUCAUGGAGCUUAUCUACUAGAACAAGAUGAAAAAUCUCAAGAUAAUUUUAUUAUCAAUGUCGGCGCUUUACCGCCAUCAAAAGAAUGUACAAUUACUAUUGGUUAUGUAACAGAAUUGAAUCUUGUUCAAGGAUCACUUAUUCGAUUUGUUGUACCUACCACCAUUGCACCACGUUAUAAUCCUGACAAAGGUGGACUUGCAUCACCAGCUGGUACUACAUCUAAAUAUGUUCAAUCAAGCCCAUAUACUAUUGAUUUUCGUUGUCAUAUUGGAAAGACACUUGGAUCUGGAGCAGAACAAAUUACUCGAGUUAGUUCAUCUUCACAUCCGAUCGAAAUCGACCUUACUCAACAAGAUGCUUAUAUUGUAACAUUUUCACAACAAAAUACUCAUUUAGAUCGAGAUAUUCUAAUUAAUAUUGAGCUUUCCAAACAACGAAAUAGUACUAUAAUAGCUGUAGAAACUGGUGCAAUAAUGGCUGCUUUCAUUCCAACCGAAGAAGAAUGUCAUCAAGCAUCAGAAAGUGGUUUAAUGAAUGAAUUUAUUUUUAUCGUCGACUGUAGUGGAUCAAUGCAAGAUGAGAAUAAAAUUGGAUUCGCUCGACAAGCCAUGUUACUCUUUCUCAAAAGUUUACCUGUUGGUUGUCAUUUCAAUAUCAUUCGAUUUGGUUCUCAAUACAAAACUUUAUUCAAUGAAAACACAGUACUUUAUAAUAAAACCAAUGCACAACGAGCUGAGCAACUUAUCGAACGGCUGAAAGCAGAUCUCGGCGGAACUGACUUAUUAAAACCGUUGCGAUGGAUUGAACGAUAUUCUCCUAGUCAAGGACGUUCACGUCAAGUAUUUCUUUUAACCGAUGGUGAAAUUUCUAACGUAACAGAAGUACUCGAUCUAUGUCGUUCGAUGGCUACAUCGACUCGUAUAUUUUCAUUUGGUCUAGGACAAUCACCAAGUCGAUCACUAGUGAAAGGUCUCGCUCGUGCAACCAACGGUCGGUUUGUUUUUAUUCCACCCAAUGCUAGUGUUGAUGUAUACGUUGGAGAACAAUUACAAAAAGCACUUCAACCAUGUAUUACCAAUGUUCACGUUAAAUGGAAUCUUGGAGUUUCAGUUCAAAGUGUUCCAACUCAUGUACCACCAGUCUAUGCCAACGAUCGUCUGAUUGUCUACGCUCUAGUAGACGACAAAACUAUUCCUUUUGAUCAUAACUCAUCUGUGGAACUAGAAACUGAACCUAAUCAUCGUUCGAUAGGUAUAGCUAAAGUUGAUCAUAUACCAAUUGUAAGUGAGAACGAUACAAUUGCUCGUCUUGCAGCUAAAGCACUCAUUCUCGAAUUACAACAUGCUAAAUUACAGUCAUCAAAUACGGAAAAACUGACAAUCGAUUCGAAACAACGUAUUAUUGCAUUAUCAUUGAAAUAUAAUAUUCUCAGUCCUUAUACGGCAUUUGUCGGAGUUGAAAAACGAAUGGAUGCAAGUAAUACGAACAUGGCCCUUCGUGAAGUGCCCAUCCAGAUUUCUGCCGAUGAUCAGCACCUACAAAAGUCCAUUCAAAGUCCUUUUGGAACUGGUCCUGGCGGAUUAGCGUCUGGUGUUAGACGUCCUUGUCGAUAUCUCAAUACUAAAUAUUCCAAUGUGAAAUCAUCAUCAUUCAGUUCUGAUCAAACACUCAUGUGUAAUACCUCCGAGUAUAGAUCUAAACUUCGAUCAAGUACUCUUAAUAUUCGAAUUUCUCAAUCAAAACGUCUUCAUUUGGAUGAUGAAAAUGAUCAGGACAAUACCUGCUCUGACUCCACGUCCAAGAAGAAGAAGAAGAAGAAAGAAAUAUCUUUAAAAAAAGAAAUAUGGCCAUCAAAUGAUCAGGAUUUUGUUCGAUUUUUGAUCAAUAAACAAAUGUUUGAUGGUCUUUGGGAUUUUGAUUCAGAGGAUAUUAAGAAUUUAACUAAAAAAACACUGGAUGAAUUUACUUGCGGGAAUAAUCAAAUUGAUCAACUGGUUCUCGUCUCGAUUAUUGUUAUUGCUGUGCUUGAAGCUCGCUUUGGAGCAUUGACAAUGAUGUGGCAUGGUGUCGUCCAAAAGGCUCGCAAACGUCUCAUCAAUUCACUUGGAAAAGACUCGAAAUAUCUUGAACAAAUCCUUGAAAAUAUCCGUGAACAAUUUUAA